AUGGACCCUAUAUCCAUCGCGAGCGGCUGCGCCGGCUUGAUAACGGCCAUCGGAGGCCUGUCCUUGUCGAUCCACACCUUUGUGCGGACUUGCCGCGAAGCUCGUGGCGAUCUGGAUAGUGUCUCACGUGAGCUGCUGUCUUUGAAGACUAUUCUGGAGCUUAUUCAAGAAGACGCGUCGGAUGAGAGCAAGCCGUUUCCGACUACGCUGAACCAGCAUGUCAAGGCUAUUCUAGCCAAUUGCAACUUGGUUGUGACUGAGAUCCAGAGCUGCAUCACAAAGUAUGACCAAGGUCGGCUUAGGAGCCGAGUGACCUGGGCUAUCAAUGGGCAGGGUGACAUCAACAAGCUGCGCUCAAGCUUAGAAGCCCACAAGACGGCACUGGAGAUUGCUCUCGAUAUGCUGGCCCUCCACCUGGCUAAAGAGAUCAAAAACGAUACGACAGAACUUCGCCAGGAUACAGCUGCCAUACGAGAGGAUACGGCUCAGAUCCUGGAAGAGAUUGCUAGACUGCAGGCUCGACUCCCACAAGAUGCUGCCGCCGCUGCGCCAAACAACUUCAUCCUACAGAGGUUCUUCGAGGACAUGACAACUUACACUGAGCAGGCCCGUGAUGCAGCGCUUAGUGACACCGAUGCAAACAGCUCAAAAGCACUAUCGUUUGACGAGGGCCCAGAGGAAGGUCCCGCGGCUCUCCUUCAACAAAAUUCCUGGCCCUACCACUCCAUGUCAAGUUCAUCCCAGCAAAGCUCACGCGUAGAAUCAGGCAUCUCCACUGGUAUUCAGAAUCCUUACCGGGACUCAGAGGCCGCCAGCGACACGUCUUUCCCAACACUUGUCGAUGAGGGUCACGGGCCGGGGGGAGAUUAUUUUUCUCAACGGCACGAGAGCUAUGAUGAGGAGGCAGACAAAAAUGCAACCAUCGCACAUCAGGGGAUUUCUGGCUACGAGAUCCCAGUGUGUGAAGAAUUCCUCAACCAGCUCCACCUCGCUGACGGCCCUUGGGGUAUCAGCCGAGAAUUUACUCACCGUAGGCAUUCGACCAUAACUUGUUCUCCUGAAGAAUUUGCAAAACUCGACAUCACAUUUCGUCUUGAAGGCUUCGAACCACUGCGGCACAUCAGGAUCAUCCUAUCUUUUUCAAUCUACCCUUCAGAAAAUUUAUCAUCCUUCAACAAGCGAUGGUCGUUUCUCUGCUCAUCCAUCUGUCAUCUUGAAACAUAUACGCCACUGUCUAAAGACUAUUCGUCCCCUCCAGAAUACCUAUGGAGGCAGAUACUGGUUCAUAUCGAAUGCGACACAAGUCUGGAUGAGAUAGACCCCCACGUGCGGGAAUCACUGUACCGAAUGGGUGUCCUCAGCACUCCCAGGGCAGAGAGGGAGCCGGUCAUGGCGGGGAACAUCCAAGCCGAGAUUUUUGAGUACACGACACGUGCUGUUCUCUAUCCAGGCUGCCGGGUAAGGGCCCCCAUUCAAGUCAUCCUGACAGCCUACCGUAGCGAUUCCCGUCUUUAUGUGUCUGGCGCCGAGGUGAUACGCGCACAAGCCGGGUGGUAUCACUCACUACGCGCCCUUCUUGGGGCCGGAAUGAUUAUCAAAAUGCCCGACGAGGCGAGCGAAAUCUCAGAGCGGGAUUCUGGAUAUCAGCAUCAAGAGUUCCUCUACGAGGCAUGGGCAAACAAACGAGACAUUUCGGGCCUCAGAACCUAUAAUUGCAUCACUGUUACAUCCCUCAGAAUGUACCUGUCGAUGCCAAGGAGGGAAAAGCCCAAGCCAAAGAGCAUAUUGACGAAAAUACUGGACAGUUUGGCGGCAUAG